AAUUAAACGGCCCAAUGACGUGACUCUCCAGUUUGCCAAUCCGAGCCUGGAAUGCGUUCAAGCCUCCAGUUUGUGCAACCCGCACUCUCCGAUCAGCGCCACAGGGUGCAGGGAGGAUCCAAACCCAACGGAUCGGUGCACGAAUCAUUUGUUCCUCGCUUGGAAAGUUGACGGACUCUUCCCCCGCCACUCCGCAACGUCCUGCGUUGUUUUGCCACACUCUUGUGCCUCGGAGCGUGCGGGGAUGACCUCUUUUUUUGGGACAAUCGUUGAAGCCUUUGUUUUUGUGUGAGUGUACAAACUUUAAGCGGGUUUAAUUUGACUGCAAGUGACAAGAGCGAGUCGACGCACACAAUCAACGCCGGAAGGUGGCGGAGGACGCCGAAUGUCAUUUCGGUUUGGGUGACAUGACACAGCCAGUUGAAGAUCUGCUCACUUUCAAAUGGGAGACCAGUUCCGGGAGAGGAUAAAUUGCGUGCCAAGUAGUGAGGCUUUGGUGCUUUUCGGAGCGAUCCUGCGGCUUUUCUCGAAUCAAAGACGAUAACAAGAGACAUGGAGCCGCUUCGGUGCGUGGGACUCGCAGCACUUUUGUGCACAGUGGUGGACAGCAAGGCCAUCCCGGAGGGCCUGCAGAGGUACAACCCAGUGCCAAUCUAUCUGCCUGUCAGCUACCGGAUCCUUAAUGCUGAGUCAGCUUUCUUCCUCCAGGAGGCAAACCAGGAUUUAAUGAGGAAUUCCAGCCUGCAGGCCCGUACAGAGUCCUUCUUCAUCCACCAGGCUCGGCAGAUGCCCUUUGUGAACGCGAGCUACGGCCCGCUGUCCGUCCAGAAGCCGAUCCCGCUGGACAUGCUGCAGACUCAACCGGGGCCUUUCAGUUUGUCCACUUUAUCAACAGCGCCGACAUCCCCGUCACUGACGCCGCUCUUCACAUUUAACUGGAAGGUUCACACAUACAUCAUCAACGAGAGGAUUCACCCCAGCUGGCCAAAGGUCCAAGUGUUAUUCUACAUCGCAGGGAGGGACUGGGAUGAUUACAGUGCCAUCCGAAAGCUGCCUUGCAUCAGGAUGUUUGCCUUCCACGAGACUCAAGAGGUGCGCGGGACAUGCAGGCUGAAAGGCGAGCUGGGCAUUUGCGUUGCCGAGCUGGAGCCUCUUGCGAGCUGGUUCAGCCCACCCACCGUCAGGCCAGGGAGGCAGAGGAUGCCUGAGCAGGCCCAAGGCACUCCCGUGGAACUGUAUUACACGGUUCAAAGCGGCAACGCCGGCGACUGCAACGCCGAGGACUCGCGGAAAGGCAGCGCUGUUCGUACGGAGCAGCACGGUCCGAGGGGCUAUUCUGUGGGGCAUACGCCCAUGCAACGCAUCGGGAGCGUCAGGCUCUUUCAGCCGCUCUCGGAACUGAAACUGGACAGUAACUUUUUGGUCAUGGUGCCGUCCAAACCCAUCCGACAGAGAGAAGGUGUAUCUGCUUUUCUGGCUCUAUCGACUCUUUCUUCCGUGCACAUCUUCACCCUCAGGGUGAAGCUGAAAGAUGGCGUGGCAUUCCUGGGUGCCAGAGCCAGUAAUCCGGUUUUGUGGACGGUGAGUCAAGAUGUCCGAAGUGAAGGUCACAGAGUUGUCACCCUGCACUGUCGAAGAAAGGAGAACAGCUUCAGUCAAAGAGGGGAGGCGGCGGGCUACCAGCGAGUCUUGCAGGUGGAUUUGGAGGUGAACGGGCUGAUGGUGCCCGAGGGCGGUAGAGAGGUGACUUGGCAGGUGGAGUAUCCGCUCACCCGCACCCAGACAAGUGAGGUGCAGACAAUCAUCCGCCUGGCACCGCAGGACCUGGGUGGCAUCGUACCACUAGCAAUGGACACCGAAAUCCUUAACACAGCAGUACUCACCGGUCGAACAGUCGCUGUGCCCGUAAAGGUUGUCACCGUGGGAACAGACGGGGCGGUAUCAGACGUAACCGAAUCGGUGGAAUGCAGGUCAACCGAUGAGCAAGUUAUUAAGGUGUCGGAGAGAUGUGACUACGUCUUUGUGAAUGGGAAAGAGACGCGAGGAAAGAGUCAGGUGAUGCUCAACUUCACCUACAGCUUCUUGAGUGCACAGCUGGAGAUGAGCGUGUGGAUGCCCCGCCUCCCCUUACUCAUCGACGUGGCCGACCCUGAACUCAAUCAAGUCAAAGGCUGGAGGGUUCCUCUCGCUACGGGACAGCAGAGGUAUGACAUCAAGGAGGACGGCGACGCAGCCGAGGAGCGGAUCGAGAACUCCUGCGUCGCUCAGUACCAAAGCACCACGCUGCAAGUUCUUACACAUUUUGUGUCCGAAAGCGAAGAGGUUCACGACACUGGCGACGAGGACGAGCAAGGCCAGCACACCUUCCUGUUGGGCAGCGACUGGCAGGUGGAUGUGACGCAACUGGUGAAGGACUCUCUGAGGGUGGACGACCCAAAGAUUGCGCAACUGUGGGAGGGCCAAGUCGUAAUUGGACGAAGCGCCGGGAUGACUAAAAUACAGGUGCUGUCUCCUCUGACAUCACUGGUCCUGGCUGAGAGGACAAUCAGGGUGCUGGAUGAUAAAGUGAGCGUGACAGAACUCGGGGUGCAGUUGGUUUCAGGACUCUCGCUGUCCCUGCACCUCAGCCCGGGGAGUAACAGCGCCAUUGUCGCCACAGCAACCACGCAGGAAGUCAUCGAAGCGGCCCAACAGGAGUCCUUCAUCAGUGCCUGGCUCCAGUUUAGCGAUGGCUCAAUGACUCCACUCGAGAAUUACAACCCAGCCCAUUUCACCCUGACAGCCACCUCGCUGGACGAGCGGGUGGUCGCGGUGCAGCGCAACGCAGCUUGGAGGUGGCCGGUCAUCGUGGCAAAGGGCGAAGGUCAAGGUUUGCUAGUCCGCGUCGAAAUGAGCAUGUCCGAGAUGUGCCAGAAUGUCAAGAAGCACGGAGCCUUGGCCACCGGGAUGGCCAACGUACAGGUGAGGUUUGGAGGACCCGAGGAGCUCAAUAAACGCUCAGGAGAGCGGCGUACACGGCCCGAUGCUCCUUAUUAUGACGGUUCUAUUUCUGAUAUGGAAACGGGGCUCAUUAACCGCGGAGCUGCAACCGUCAGGGCCCAUGUUCCCGUGAGGGUCAACGGGGGGCGACUGUCUGCAGGCAUCGGGGAAAAAAUCCAAAGUGAAUUCUCAGACUACCCGGACCAGGUUGAGAAUCCGCGAAGCCGCAGCACCGAUGACGAUCUGCCCACCCAAAGAGCCAUGACGGACCUGGAGAUCGGAAUGUACGCCCUGUUGGGAGUCUUCUGCCUGGCCAUCCUUGUGUUCCUCAUUAACUGUAUCUCUUACACGUACAAGUACCGAAGCAAGCACCUGUCCCUGGAGGCCCAGGAGACGAUGCCUCAUUCCCACGACUGGGUUUGGUUGGGCCAAGAGGAGGGGCUCUGCCUGCAGCAAGAGCAACCGGAUGAGUUGGGCGGCACGCCCGAAGAAGGGAGCCAACUUUUAAACGGAGGCGCCCAGCACGGGAACGCUAGCGCGGGAGGAUGCAGGGAUCCCAGAAGCGAGUCGCUCAACUCGCCUACAACCAAGAGAAAGAGAGUGAAAUUCACCACCUUUUCCAACAUCAAAUCCAGUAAUGGCUGUCCUGUCCUGAGUCCGUUAGCAUUAAUGCAAAGCAGCGAGAUCAAGUGGGUUUGUCCCGACAUUGAGCUCGGGGAUUCGAAGGAUCUUAGGAACUACAUGGAAAAGUUGAACGAGAACGCCGCCAAGAACGUUGCCUAGAAGCCGGUCGGUGAUUCUGAGAACUUCAGUGAAACUCACCUGAAUGCCUUCGGAAUGAAGAAGGGAAGUCCAAGGAAACGAAACGUUGACGAAGAAAGCGAACGUUGGCUCUUGCUUCGCGCAACGGGAGAGAACUUUGGACCCGAGACGGCGGCGGUGAGAAAAGGACGAGCGACUGAGCGCCACGGCGCCACCACAAAGACGAAAUGUGAACGUGAUCGUGUUGCUUAACUUCGGUGUUUGUUCUUUAUAUUUAAUUGAGGUUCCGUUUCAUAUUCUGUGCGUCCCGUACUUUUUCUUUUUUUUUCUCAAUAUAUCAUCAUUUUUUUAGUUUUUAUUUAUUUUUAUUUAUUUACAUUUUUUUUUUUUAUUGUAUUGUUUGUCCUCCGCUUGCUUUUGCAGAGUCGCGCUAUGCCCUGUACUGUAAUGAUAGCUUCUUGGAGGAAUUUUUCUACCAAUAUAAAGUUUUAUUUAGCAGUAUUAUAUGUACAGUAUCACUUUGUAUAAAUACAUUUUCUUUGCUUUUUUUUUUUGCUUUGCCUCCAGAAACCAGAUCGAUGCAUGAUGUUAAGGAAGAAUGUGUGUUGGAUCUGGUUACCUGGAAAUGAAGGUGUGUAGAUAAGGAAUUGCCCCCGGGGACGUCUCAGUAGGAUAUUAUUGCCGUAAAACAUUGUAAAAAAUGAUUUUUGGGUUGGAUUCUCUAUGUUGCUACUGAUUUGAGCUGUGUUCUCAGCCCCGCCCCCAACUCCCCUUUAUAUAAUGAUUCCCAUUUUGAUUCUGUUACUUCACUCAAGGCGACUAAUUUGACAAAUUUUAAUAGCAUAUGCCUCAAUUUAAAAAUAAUAAUAAUGAUGAUUCAGAGCAUCCUAGACAAUCUGUUAUUUCUAAGAAAGUCACGCCGGUGUACCGUCAUGUAUGGCCCACACUGAAAGAACUGUAUGUGACAUAUUGGAUUCUUGAAAAAAAAAAAA